AUGUCAGAAUCAAAUCUCGAUAAAUUAAUACCAACGAAACAUGGCUGGCAUGUAGGUUUUAAUAAGCAGUUCGACGGACGAUGGAAACCAUUCGGACGACCAAGAGCAAGACAAUUAGUCGAAUAUGUGCCAUUAUUUAUGAGGUAUCUUCGAGUAUGGUACAGGUUAAAACGUGCAAAGCGACGGGCUCAUAUGGACUUUCUUAAUCCAGUACCGCUUCAACAAAUCUAUGGUGCACCGAUCGGUGGAUUAGGUUGUGGAACAAUUGGUCGAGGUUUUCGAGGAGAGUUUUGUCGCUAUCAACUUGUACCCGGUCUCUACGAAUUUCAAGUUGUCGAAGCUAAUACAUUUACCGUUUGUGUACGGCGUCGAAAUAUGACAACCUAUUGUCAAGUAUUAACACCGCAUCGUCUGAGAAAAAAAGGUUUCCGCUCAUGGAAUGCCGCAUUUCCAGCUGAGAACGGUCGAUAUCAAGCUCUAUAUCCUCAGUCAUGGACGACAUACGAUUUGCCUGGUCAAAAUAUUCGAUUAUUGUGCAAACAAUUAUCACCAGUUAUUCCGCACAACUACAAAGAUUCGUCGUUUCCGGUGGCUUCAUUUCUUUGGUAUAUCGAAAACUUGAACGAUGAACCUGUAGAAGUUAGUCUGAUGUUCACAUGGCAAGCUGGUUCUGCUUCACAAGAAUUUGUAUGUCGAGAUAUUUCACAUCAAACAAUCAAUGCUUCUCAAGAUGAUAUCACCGCUGUUGGUGUAACAAUUCAACAAGUGCUACGUGAAAUGAAUCUGGAAUAUUGCAUCAUGGGCAAAAAAGAAAUCGAUAAUACGAUUACAACACGAACGAAUUUCAAUGUCGAUUCAGAUACUGCUGGACGUGACAUAUGGACGGAUUUGACUGAAGACGGUCGAUUAACAGAACCUAAUACAACAAUACGAUCGGCAGGACUUCAUUCAGCUAGUUGUGUUUGUAUUACAGCUACCAUUGCACCGAAAUCUAUCAAAACAUCUGAGUUUGCUCUGGCUUGGCACAUGCCACGAAUCAAAUUUGGUCUUGGACAAAAGUUAUACUCGAAAUGGUAUACAAAAUUCUUCGAGAAAGAAGAACUGACUGGUUCUACGCUUUGCAUUUAUACGAUGCAACAUCGCACGACAUGGGAAGAAGAUAUUGCCAAAUGGCAACAACCGAUUCUAAAUGACCAAUCCUUGCCAGACUGGUACAAGAGUGCUAUAUUUAAUGAAUCAUAUUUCAUUGCUGAUGGCGGAACAGUUUGGUUGGAUGUCAGUGAUGAUCAUACUCUACCUGAACAUAUCAGAAAGUGGGGCCGAUUUGGUUAUUUAGAAGGUCACGAAUAUCGCAUGCUCAAUACAUAUGAUGUCCAUUUCUAUGCAUCAUUUGCGCUAAUUCAACUUUGGCCAGAGUUGGAAUUAAGCAUUCAAUAUGAUUUUACUAAUACAAUUACUUAUGAAAAACUUGAAUCCCGCGUAUAUUUGUAUCACGGCCGAGCAUCUCACUGGAAAACCUUACAUUCUGUUCCACAUGAUCUUGGUGAUCCAGAUGAAGAGCCGUGGUUACUUAUUAACGCAUAUAUAUCUCAUGACACAGCAGAUUGGAAAGAUCUUGGAUUGAAAUAUCUUCUUCAAGUUUAUCGAGAUUACAUCUAUACGAAAAAUACGGCAUUUCUCAAUCAUGUAUGGCCAACAAUCAAACAUGUUACUGAUCGAAUCAAAACACAGGAUGUCGAUGGAGAUGGAUUAAUUGAUAACGGUGGAUUUGCUGACCAGACAUACGAUGCUUGGACAGUGGUUGGAGCAAGUGCUUAUUGUGGUGGACUCCAUGUCGCUGCUCUUCGUGCUUGUGUGGAGAUGGCGCGAAUCAUGGGAGAUACCAAUGCUGUCAAUGAAUACGAAGCAUGGCUUACCCAAGCCAAAAAAUCCUAUUCAGAAAAGCUCUGGAAUGGCAAAUAUUAUAAUUACGAUUCAAGUGCAUCACGUCAUCAUGAUAGUAUUAUGUCUGAUCAGUUAGCCGGCUUUUGGUAUCUACGCUUAUCCGGUCAUAAGUAUGAGGAUUUCGAAAAAGAACGAGUCGAAAGUGCGUUGAAUACGAUCUUCAAUACGAAUGUGAUGACAUUUGGAGGCGGUAAACUCGGCGCUGUAAACGGAAUGACUAGUUCAGGACAAUUGGAAAUUGUCAGCAUGCAAUCCGAGGAAAUCUGGACUGGUGUGACAUAUGGCUUAUCAUCGACGAUGAUUAUGGAAAACUUCAAAACGCAAGCAUUUCUCACUUCUGAAGGGAUCUAUAAUACGUGUUAUAACGUAGCUGGAUUAGCUUUUCAAACUCCUGAAGCAUUGAUGCGAGAUUGUCGAUUUCGAUCGGUUGGAUACAUGCGUGCAUUAUGUAUCUGGUCGAUUCAAAAAGCACUUGCACUAUCGCGUCUCGAACAAGAAAACGGUCAACAGGCCAACCUGGAUGACUCUCAAUAG